GACCGGAUGGUUUUCUUCUUCAUCGACCAAGUGGGAGGAGGCAGGAGACCUAUACCAAGUCAAUGGUUCAGGAUGAAAAGAACACGCGGCAGCGUGGUAGUUACGCAAGGCAAGGAACAUGCCGCAGGCGUUUGCAUACCUCGAUCAUAUCAACGUGCAAAUCAUGGCGUCGUCUCGGCCUCGAUUUCCUCCUCCGCUCUCUUAUCUCCCUUCUCACUUCCAAUCCCUCACUGCGGUGGUGGACACGCCAUUUACAUAUAAUUGACUUUCUCUACGAGCGUGAUCCCUCCCUCGACGAUUUCGAAGCAGUCCUUACAACCGUACUCACCCAGACUCCCAACCUAGAGAUUUUCAUUGUCGACUGGCCGCUAUCAAGGGCAUUUGGACGCAUCGCGGAUAUGCUGGGUACGCAUUGCAAGAACUUGCACACUGUUCACUGGCACGUCCCCGCCGAACUCCUUCCCAAGGUCAUAUGGGCAUUAGAUGCCCUCCCGCUCCUAGUUUCCCUUGCCCUCGAAUUCGGUGCACCACUCAAGGAUUCUGACACGCUCACCCCGGGAAGCGCACAAGAUGUCAAGCUCCAUCUCCCAAAUCUCCAGCAGCUCAUCCUGCGUGGGUACUCUGCCGAGUUCAUCGAACAAGCCAACGGCUGGACCCUCCCCCUCCUACGCAUCUUCGACUUCGACUUUGGCAGCAAACUCGAAGACAAACUCGAAGACGUUCCCGAUGUCCUGUCCUUCCUCAGCACCCACGGCACCGGCCUGCUCUUUCUCGACCUCCACUGUAUCCCAACAAUCGAUAUCCGCACAGUACUAUGCCCCCUCCUAACCGCUUUCUCUUUCAACCUCGACUGGAAGAUCGCGCCCAUCGACAACACAGUAGACGGGCCCAUCGUUCUCACUAAUCCUAGCGCUUAUGCCACCCCAGACGCUCUUCGUUCUCUCCUAGUACAGUGUACUAAUGGCAGGAAUUUCGCGGCGCUCACAAAAGCGAGUUUCCCAAAACUUGCGUGGGUGCGUGUUUUGAGCCCGAUAGUGCUCACGGAUCUCGACUGUGCAAAUGGGCCGCAUGGGAGAUGGGCGGGAAUGUGCGAGGGCAUGGGUAUUCGUCUGGAAGACUGCACGAGCGCUCUGUUGGGCACAUUACCUCAAGAGUAUGAAGAGGAGGAUGAGGACGACGAAGACGCAGCGUUGUCGAAGGAGCGAAAAUACUGGGACGAGAAUUGUGAGAGUGAAAUUCAAGUUGAAGUAGGUCAAGUUACAGUGAUAAGCACUCAAUAG